AACGCCUUGCAGCUCCCUCUGCCUUGAAAGCCCCGCUCCCUAAACUUUGCCCAGCGCGGUCUCGCAGUUGUCAGCACCAUGGACAGCGAUCCUCUCCGGUGUCUUGAUGCGGCGGGCUUUCUGAGCCUCUGGCAACGCUUCGACGCCGACGACAAUGGUUACAUAGAAGGGAAGGAGCUUGAUAAUUUUUUCCAUCAUCUGUUAAAGACAUUGGGCAGCGAAAGCACCAUAACGGAAGAAAAGGUUCAGAAAGUGAAAAAGCAAUUGAUGUCGGCUUAUGACGUAACUGCAGAUGGACGCUUACAAAUACAAGAGCUUGCAAAUAUGAUCUUGUCGGAGGAUGAGAACUUUCUGCUGCUUUUCCGAAGAGAAACGCCUUUGGACAACAGUGUGGAGUUCAUGCAGAUCUGGCGUCAAUACGAUGCUGAUAGCAGCGGUUUUAUUUCAGCUGGUGAACUCAGAAACUUUCUGCAAGAUCUUUUUCGGGAACAUGGAAAAAACAUUUCCAAGGCAAAGCUGCAAGAAUACACUGAUACCAUGAUGAAGCUCUUUGACAGAAAUAAAGAUGGACGACUGGAUCUGAAUGACCUAGCAAGGAUUCUGGCUCUUCAGGAAAAUUUUCUCCUUCAGUUUAAAAUGGAUGCUUGCAGUACAGAAGAAAGGAAGAGAGAUUUUGAGAAAAUCUUUGCACACUAUGAUGUUAGUAAGACAGGAGCACUUGAAGGCCCAGAAGUGGAUGGGUUUGUAAAGGAUAUGAUGGAACUUGUCAAGCCCAGCAUUAGUGGCACUGACCUGGACAAGUUCCGCCAGAUACUGCUUCGCCAUUGUGAUGUGAACAAGGAUGGGAAAAUUCAAAAAUCUGAACUUGCCUUGUGUCUUGGCAUUAAAAUUACCCCAUAGACCUGAAUGUGCUUCUCCUAUGGCUUGCCAGUUAUUGUCUUUUGUGAGAGCCUGCUGGUAGAACAUUUUCAAUGCUGUGUUAAUAAUCUCUGUUAAACUGAACGUUGAAGACAGGGGCAACUCGCAGUGUGGAUACGAAUAUUCAUUUGCAAGGCUGCAACCAGACAUUACAUGUGAUGCACAGUAACUACUUACAAAGGAGAUCUUAUCUGUGGGGUUUCCUACAAUUUUUGAAAAACAUAUUUGUAUCUACAGACUAACCAGCCUAUUAGAAGGUUAUGUGGUCAUUGUGUCAGGACUGCUGCUACCUAACAUUAUAUUUUAUUGCAUUCUGCUCUCUACGCUAUAUCCCUGAAUCUAUUGCCUGUUGGUUCCUUUUCAGUAGUUCAUGUUGGUGGCAACUGUGUGAUUUAUGAAACUCACUAUCUUUUUUUUUAAAGACACACAAGCUUGAUGGUAUUGGA